UCUCUUAGCUCAGCUUCACCAUUGAUAGCUAGCUCGAUAGAAGAAUUAAACCUUCUCCAUCAAGGGAACGCGCUUGAUUAGCUCGAUCUGAGAGCUCGAUUCAUGGCGUCGUCUCUCUCCGCUCCCCCAGCGGCAUCUCCCGGCGGCGGCGCCGUCACCAAUAAGCCGCCGCCGGCCGCCAAGGUCAGGCCUUCACGGCUCAACCCCAACAACAACGCCGACAGGCGCUCCUCUGCUCCGUCAGCGAAGACACUCACCUGGAAGAAGAAGAAUCCCAAGCCACCAAUGCGGGCAGCUAACAACAACAAGAAGAACCCGUUCCAGCUGAUGGCGGCGGCGGCGCUAGACUUAGUCGAGGAAGUCUUCAUCGCGGGCGUGCUGGAGCGCGGCAGCCCGCUCCCGCGCACGUCGGACCCGGCCAUCCAAAUCGCCGGCAACUACGCGCCCGUCAGCGAAACCCCGCCGGCGAAACCCACGCUCCUCUCCGGCGAAAUCCCGCGCUCCCUCGACGGCGUCUACGUCCGCAACGGCGCCAACCCGCUCCACGCGCCGCGCGCCGGGCACCACCUCUUCGACGGAGACGGGAUGCUCCAUGCGGUGAGCUUCUCCCACGGGGAAGCGGAAUCCUACUGCUGCCGCUUCACGGAGACGGCCCGGCUGAAGCAGGAGCGCGCCAUGGGCCGGCCGGUCUUCCCCAAGCCCAUCGGCGAGCUCCACGGCCCGUCGGGCCUGGCCCGGCUGGCGCUCUUCGGGGCCCGCUCCGCCCUUGGCGUCCUCGACGCCGGCGAUGGCAUCGGCGUCGCCAACGCCGGCGUCGUCUUCCACGACGGCCGCCUCCUCGCCAUGUCCGAGGACGAUCUCCCGUACCAUGUCCGCGUCACCCCCGACGGCGACCUUGUCACCGCCGGCCGCUACGACUUCCGCGGCCAGAUGGACGCCGCCGCCACCAUGAUCGCCCACCCCAAGCUCGACCAUGGCACGGGGGAGCUCUUCGCGCUGAGCUACAACGUCCUGCAGAAGCCGUUCCUAAAGUACUUCUUCUUCGACGCCGGCGGCAACAAGUCCCCGGACGUGGCCAUCCCCGUCGGCACCGACGACCCCACCAUGAUCCACGACUUCGCGGUGACCGAGAACUACGCCGUCAUCCCGGACCAGCAGAUCGUGUUCAAGCUCCAGGAGAUGGUUAAUGGCGGGGGGUCGCCGGUGGUGUACGACGAGAAGAAGGUUGCGAGGUUCGGGGUGCUGCCGAAGCGCGCCAUGGAUGCGUCAGAGCUUAAAUGGGUCGACGUCCCCGGUUGCUUCUGCUUCCACCUCUGGAAUUCAUGGGAGGAGGAGGAGAAAGGGGAGAUCGUCGUCAUCGGCUCCUGCAUGACGCCGCCAGACGCCGUCUUCAACGACUCCGGCGACGGCGCGUUCAAGAGCGUGCUCUCCGAGAUCCGGUUGAACCCGCGCACCGGCGAGUCGCGGCGGCGGACCUUGCUGAGCGGCGAAGACGAGAGCUUGAACCUGGAGGCGGGCAUGGUGGACCGGCGGCGGCUGGGGAGGAAGACUCGGUACGCGUACCUGGCCAUCGCGGAGCCAUGGCCGCGGGUGUCGGGGUUCGCCAAGGUGGACCUCGAGACCGGCGGGGUGGAGAAGUUCCUCUACGGCGAAGGGCGGUUCGGCGGCGAGCCCUGCUUUGUGCCAAGCUCCGACGGCGCCGGCGCCGGAGCUGAGGAAGAAGACGAUGGGCACGUGCUCUGCUUCGUGCACGACGAGGGACGGCAAGGCUGCGGGGAGAGGACGACCUCGGAGCUGCUGGUUGUGGAUGCUCGGGACUUGCGGCAGGAGGCGGCCCUGAAGCUGCCGGGGCGCGUGCCGUAUGGGUUCCAUGGCACCUUCGUCACCAACAAGGACCUGCAGCGGCAAGCCUAGCUGGCGAGCUAGCUAGUAGUGACGUGGCAGAUCGAUGGGAUUUCUCUGGCCUACAAUAUUUCUUUAAUUUAUUUUUUUGUUAGGACAGUUCAAAUGUGUGAUUAGUCAUAGCUUAGUAGUAGCUGACUGUACACUGCCGUACGUGUGUACUGCUUUUUAGUGCACACGACAGGCUUUGUCGUAGUACAUCUCUGUAGAAUUACAUACUCUGUGCAGAAAUAAAAAAGAAGGUUAUAUAUACAGUA